AUGAAGGCUGCAGAGUGGAUCAAACCAUUCGUCGAAGAACCACGCCAUACCGCGGACGAAGAUGUGGGCAAGGCUCGGCGCAGCACGAUCGCCUUGAUCGCAAGCAACGCUCUUGUCGUGGCCAUCGGGUUGGCAUGCCAGACGGGCUUGAUCAUUGCCACGCAUGUCACUACGUCCGUGAACAUCCUUCUGGUUACUGUAUGGGCACUGCUGCUACCGGUGUCCAUCUGGCGACCGCGGACAGGUUCACCGGCUCUUUCGAUCGCUUUUGCUGGCUUAUUACUCGGCCACGCUGGAAAGCUGAGUAUUGAAAGUCCCAAAUUGGCCUCCUUGCCUGGGAUACUGGGGACAAUUCCAAUAGCACUCUCACUCAUUCUUUUGCUAAUCGAGAUCAAUCUCCCGUUGCGCAGUCCAGCAUGGCCACGACACGAUAUCGCCAAGCCCGACUCGGAGCCCACCGCAACACUUCGAACGCCGGAGGACAACCUCACAAUCUGGCAGUGGUACACCGUCAGCUGGAUGAGGCCCCUCAUUCGACUUGGCAAGAAGCGACAGCUGAACAGUUCGGAUGUAUGGUUUCUGGGCUACGAAUUUCAGCAUCGGCAUUUGCAUGAUGCUUUCCGUGAGUUGAAGGGGUCCGUCCUCCGUCGCGUAUUGCGUGCAAACUGGAUGGACCUUGUUCUUCUGACACUCCUGGCAUUUGCCGAGUUGGCUGCAGACUUCGCGAGCCCCUUUAUACUCCAAGCUAUUCUCAAGGCGAUGGACAAUCUUGCCUACGACAAGGCACCAGCCAUCCGAUAUGCAUUGCUUAUGCUGGUCGUCCGACUAGUAGAUGCACAAGUCGAAGUACUCGCCCUCUGGUUCGGGAGACGAGCCUACGAGAGAUCGAGAGGCGAGAUGAUCACUAUGCUCUACGAGAAGACCUUGAAGAGGAAGAUCGUGGGCGAAGUUCCCGAGAAAGAGGUGGUCACGAUGCCCACACCUUCCGAGCCUGAUGUCUCUCUCGACAGCAGCGAGGCAAACACUGAAGUGGCAGAUGGCGACAGCGACGGCCUAUUGGCCGGUCCAAAGGGACAAGAAACUGUUCCUAAGACGUUUCUUUCACAAGCGAUUGCCAUCGCCAAGGCAUUCCUCUCUCGCAAGAAGCCAGCUCCGACACUUCCUGAAGCACCGCAGUCAGCUUCUGUUGGCAAGAUCCUCAAUGUUCUUAGAAAUGAUGUCUAUGAGGUCGCACAGCGCUUUUGGGAAUUUCAGACUCUCGUCUUUGCACCAGCGGGCUUUAUCAUAUCAGUCGCAUUGGUAUGGAAGUUACUCGGUUGGGCAUCCCUCGUUGGCGCUGCCGUAGUGGUCCUGUCACAGAUCCUGAACGCUCUUCUGGCAAGAGGCUUGAUCAAAUGGGAGAAGCUACGCCGGCAAGCAACAGACGAUAAAUUCCGUCGAAUCACCCAGUACAUUGAGGCUAUCAGGCAUCUUCGCUGGUACGGGUGGCAUCCUUCAUGGUUGCGGCAUGUUCUCGAUGCCCGACAAAAGGAACUCAACCUCAAGAUCAUUACACAGAUCUGGAAUCUAGCCAUCAUACUGGUGAACCAGUUCGGUAGCGCUCUUUUGCCUGUUGCAGCAUUCUUUGCGUUCACUGCAUUAGCUGGCGAAGACCUGCGAGUUGAUGUCGCCUUCCCAGCUCUGCAGCUCUUCAUCUACCUACAGAAAUCCUUGAAAGACAUCCCUCGUCUGAUCACAGUCCUGCUCAACGCGAAGGUCUCGAUAGACCGGAUCGAGUCCUUUAUGAACGAGCCAGACAAACCCGAGAAUCCCUUAGCCGACUCAGAUAAUCAGCUCGAGCUGAAGGACGCUUCAUUCGGUUGGCCGGGUUCGAUGCAAAGCGUUCUUCGCAAUGUCGAUCUGAAGUUCCCUCCAGGCCUCUCGCUUGUUGUAGGACGGGUCGGUGCCGGCAAGACCGCCCUUCUACAAGGUCUGCUGGGUGAGCUUGACCUGCAGCAAGGACACUUGGUCAAGCCAGCGGACACGCCGAUAGCGUACUGCCUUCAAACGCCAUGGCUCGAAAGCAUGACGAUCCGCGACAACAUCCUGUUCAACACGCCGUACGAUGACGAUCGCUAUAAGCGCACGGUGGAUGCUUGUGCGUUGACUCCCGAUCUUGCAACGUUCCCACAGGGCGACUUGUCAGCAAUCGGAGAGAAUGGAAUUGGACUAUCGGGUGGACAGAAGGCACGCGUGGCUCUAGCUCGUGCGGUCUACAGCAGAGCACCUAUUCUAUUACUAGACGAUCCGAUUAGCGCAUUGGAUCAGCAGACUGCUGAGUGGAUCGUGAAGCGAUGUCUGAUUGGCGAUCUGGUGGAAGGUCGCACCAUAGUCCUAGCCACACACCGCACCGAUUUGUGUCAAAGCGUAGCGGUGCAGACAAUUAAAGUCUCUGGCGCAACAGCUGAAGUCGUCGAAGGUGACUUUCAGGCCGAAGACUACGACUUGACCCAGGUUGUCUCGGACCGGAGAUCCGACGAGGAGCAGAAGCAAGUUGAGCAGGCCGCGAUACGAGACAAAUUUGAAGACGAAGAGCAUCGUGAGCAUGGUGGCGUCCAGUUCUCUGUGUACUGGGUAUACGUCAAAGCUGGCAGGUUGAAAUGGUGGUAUGCUCUCGCAAUCUUCGCAUCCCUUUUCCAAUUCCUCAACGUUGCCGAGUCGUGGUUUCUCAAAGAAUGGGGAGAAGCGUACAACAGAGGACGAGAGCAACUCGUGGGCGUUCUCACUUUCCCAGCAAACAUUCGUAUACUGGAAACACCUCUGUCUGGAAUAUUCCGACGACUGCCAAACCCGUCCGACAAUGUGUAUCCUUGGCUCAAGGGAUACCUCCUUGUUGUCAGUAUCGGACCUCUUGCUCUUAUUAUCAGCCAAGCCUUCGUGGUUUUGAUCACAUAUCUGGCUGGCAAGAAGCUCUUUCAGGAGAUGAUGGAGCGUGUGAGUGAUGCACCGUUCCGUUACUACGACGUGACUCCCAUCGGACGACUUCUCAAUCGACUCAUAUCCGACGUCGGCGUACUCGAUGGCGGAAUCUCGAAUCAGCUUUGGGUCGUUAUUUUCCAGGGAGUGGCGUGGCUAGCUUCUGUCUUCGUCUUUGCAGGAGUCACGCCCACGUUCUUGGUCUUCUCGAUCCUGCUGACUGCGACGUUUGUCUGGAUUUUCUUGCAGUUCCUUCCCUCCUCACAAAGUCUCAGGAGACUCGAGAUGGUCUCACUCAGCCCACUCAUCUCCAACUUUGGAGCUCUGCUUGGCGGUCUCACCACUGUCAGAGCCUUCUGCGCAGAGCCGGCGUUCUUGUCGAGAGUAAUCGGUGUUGUGGAUGAAUUCCAAAAGAACGACCAUUUCUACUGGAGCUUGCAAGGAUGGCUAAUGUAUCGCUUCGACGUUCUGUCAUGCUUCUCCACGUUUGCCCUCACGAUGCUGGCCGUCUACUCAGACCUCACGCCCGGGCUGACAGCCUUCGUGCUGGUUGCGGCGCAACGAUUCGUGGCAUCUACACACCAGCUGUGUCGAUCGUACGGACAACUUCAACUGGACUUCGUAUCGGUCGAACGUGUGGUUGAGCUGCUCCAGCUAGACGUAGAGCCUCCCGGUGACGUCAAGCCGCCUGCCUCAUGGCCAAAGUAUGGGGCGCAAAUCGAGUUCGAGAAUGUCACCAUUAGAUAUACCCCAGAAGCUGCACCUGCGGUGUCCGACAUCAGCCUAGUACUUGAAGGCGGCAAACACACCGCCAUCGUGGGAAGAACCGGCUCUGGCAAAUCAACACUUUCACUGGCCCUUUUGGCAACGACGCCUCUCUCCACAGGUCGAAUCAUGAUCGACGGCAUUGACAUCUCGCGCGUGGACAAGACCACCCUGCGCUCACGCAUCACGUUCUUGGCCCAAGAUCCAAUUCUUUUCCCUGGUAGUCUACGCUUCAACCUCGACCCGCAGUCUGAGUACUCCGACAGUGAAUGCCUCAGUGCUCUAUCACUGGCAUGUCUAGACACUCGCAGAUUCACGCUGGAAUUCGAAGUCGCAGCACACGGCCACAAUUUGUCCCAGGGUCAGCGUCAGCUCGUGUCACUGGCCAGAGCUCUGCUUCGCAAGAGUGCAGUGGUCAUCAUGGACGAAGCUACCGCAAGUGUAGAUCUGGAGACUGCCGAGCGUGUCUACAGCGUGGUCAAGAACGAACUUCAGCGGAAUGGUUCGACUGUGGUCAGCGUGGCUCACAGACGAGGUGCGAUGGAGGGAGUGGACGGCAGCGUUGUGCUGGUCGGAGGCAAGGUGGACAACGUUGAUGGCUGUGUCAGUCAGCCAGUCGUGUAG